GGAAGUGCCGUUGCCUGGUGACUUAGCGGCGCCGCCAGUGCCACGUGCCGAGAGCCUGGAGGGCGAGAGGGGCGGUUGCUGACCUCUGACCCCGGGGCCCUGCAGCCCAGCCAUCAACAGCAUCAUCAUCAUCAUGAUGGUUCAGAAAAUGGGGGCAGGCUUGCCGAUCGAUUGUACGUAUUGAGGACCCGCCGAGUGCAGAAAACCGUGCUAAGCCCCUGGGAGAGCAUCUCCCGCCCCGCCCGCCAGCCAAAAUGAGCUUCGUGGAGUACAAGGACCUGAUCAAAGACGGAGACACGGCCAUCGUGUUCCUCGGCCACGGCUCCAUGUUCCCGGUCCGGGUCCAGGCCGGCGGUCAGACCCAGACCAAGUACGGCGUCAUCCGGCAUUCGGCCGACCUGAUCGGCAAGCGCUUUGGGGCCAAGGUGACCUGCAGCAAGGGGGGCUGGGUGUACAUCCUGCACCCCACGCCGGAGCUCUGGACCAUGAACCUCCCCCACCGCACCCAGAUCCUCUACUCCACCGACAUCUCCCUCAUCACCAUGAUGCUGGAGCUCAAGCCAGGCUCGGUCGUCUGCGAGUCAGGAACAGGAAGCGGCUCCCUGUCCCACGCCCUCCUGCGGACCAUCGCCCCCACGGGGCACUUGUACACCGUCGAGUUCCACCAGCAAAGGGCCGAGAAGGCCAUGGAGGAGUUCCGCGCCCACAAGGUGGACCACUUGGUGACGGUCCGGAACCAGGACGUCUGCAAGAACGGCUUCGGCGUCACCCAUGCCGCAGACGCCGUCUUUCUGGACAUCCCCUCACCGUGGGAGGCCGUCGGCCACGCCAACGCAGCCUUGCGAGUGGAAGGGGGCCGCCUCUGCUCCUUCUCUCCGUGCAUCGAGCAAGUGCAGAGGACCUGCCGCGCACUGGAGGAGCACGGCUUCACCGAGGUGCACACGCUCGAGAUCCUGCUGCAGGCAUACAACGUCAGGACCGUCAACCUGCCCCUCCCCGACCUGGGCAAGGGGGCCACGGCCGACGCGGCGGACGCCCCCUCGGACGUGGCCGCGGAUUCCGGACCCCCGCCCCCGGGGAUGGCCCAGUUUAAAAGCGGGGUGCCGCUCAAGGAGAUGGUGGGGCACACCGGCUACCUCACGUUCGCCACCAAAAGCUUAUUUUAACAGCCACGGGGCGGUCCGGGCGGAGGGAGGAGGAGGAGGACGGUGAGGAGGAGGUUGAGAAGGAGCGGAACUCUCUCAAUGUUCCCUCCUCGUCAGACAACGCCAUAUAUAGUCAAGCGGAGCCGGGAGAGACACUGUUUAAAUAACACACCCGCGCGACCCUGACGCUGGGACGUUGAGGGCGCUCGGGCCGCCUGGCUGCCGGAGAGGAGUUCUCCUCCAAAGUCCGCGAUCUGCUGCCGGCUGGGGGGGUUAGGGAGGAGGAGGAAAUAAAGCCCCGAGAUGGGCCACAUCUUCCCGUCGUUUCCUCUCCUCGAACUGUUUAAGUGGAGAACCAGGGUCACUUGGGUUCCUCCUCUUAGGGGCUGGUGUCUUUCCUCAUGGAGCCCUCCCAGAGAGACCCCGUGGAUGCUAAGUGUGAGCGUCAGGUGUUUUUAGGUGCCGUCCCCACCCCGACAGGUGGUUUAGUACUCUGGGGCAUUUUAGGGGGCCAGAUUAAAUUCGCGAUUACUGAGUGAGAAA